UCUCUUACCCCCAUCUCGGUUCGCCAGUCGUCCAAUAUAUAAGUGAAACGGCGCGACGAUUGACAGAACGUACGUCGCUUUUGUCGCUUUUCCGUGUCUUUACUUCUCGCGCGGGUUUCAUCAAGUUCGUACACGUGCACGCCACCGUACACCGUCCAACAACACACGUGUUUCUGCGACGCGCCCCUUGACCUCUUCACACGCCAGUUGACCGCCGAGCGUCCCUCGACCGUCGUCGUCGACCGAUGGUCGGUGCAGCCACCACCGACGCCUCAUCCGGCUAAUUCGUCACUCUUGGCCGAUGCGUCGUGUAAGUCGGUGGUUUGAACGGAAUUCCUCAUCACGAAAUCGCUGUGCAUCGCACGGGAAGUUAUCGAAAGCAAGAAAUUAACGGAUUUCUUGAAACGGGAAGGAAGAAUCAAACAAAAUAUGGAACUGAGAUGGUAUAAAAGGUGCACGAUUCUCAUCUGCCUUUUGGCAACGACGACAAAGGUCGACGGCAUCAGGCCCGAAACCAUUCUCAUGGAUGUUUUCGCGAGACCUUUUGUUGCACAGAAUUGGGCUUCGGAAAAAUGUGUUCGGGACUCUGCGAUUUAUCUGCGGGAGCUCGAAGAAUACACACCCUGGGCGCUUCAAAUGUACGACGCUUCGGUUAAAAUACCGGUUGGCUUGAUCACCGGUAAUCACAAGCAGCUGGGCAAUUACGACGAAUGUUUGCGGGUGAACAGCGGUGAUCGCGGAUUCGUCGGGCAAGCUUGCCGAGCGUCCGUGCAAUUUGUGGUCGCAGCGAACAACGACAGCAAGCCCCGCGAGUUGGACCUGGCAGAUCUGCUCGUCAACGUCGCGAUCGCUUCGAAUUCGACGAAAUGGAGAUCAGGCAUUACGUUGUCUUACGAAUGGAUGUGGUGUGUGCCGUCGACUUGCAACCGUACCGAGGUGCAGAAUUCUCUGGCAGUCGUGCUCGACCCACUCAACGUCCAAGGGCGCGUAGACAUGAUGGUUAACGUUUUCGAGGGCGCCUGUCACACGGCGGAGACCGCACGCGCUACCUGGACCAUCGCCGACUGGUGUUACAUAUCGAUUCUUGUACUGUUCGCAUUGAUCAUUAUAGCCAGCACAGGAUACGACGUCGCUGUAGAACGCCGUCUCGUCACGGGAUCGGACCGAAAAGCUCUCUUCACGUCGUUCUCCCUGCACACAAAUGGAAAAAUUCUGCUUCAAACCGACAGACGCCAAAAUUCGAUCGGUUGUCUGGACGGUUUGCGCUUUCUCAGUAUAUGCUGGAUCAUUUACGGUCACACGUACUACAUGGAGGUAGUCGGCGUCAAAAUGGAUCUCACACAGGUGCCGCGCAUGCAUUAUGACUGGAGCAACAUGCUGGUACUUAAUGCGAACAUCGUCACCGACACUUUUUUCUUACUGAGCGGCAUCCUGCUCGCAUACACCGAGCUGUCGAGGAAGGAGCGAGGAGGAGACACCGACUGGCGCUUCAAUGCGAUUGGUCUUUAUGUGCAUCGUUACGUCAGACUGACGCCGGCUUAUGCGAUGAUGAUCGGUUUCUAUGCCACUGUGUUCGAUAAAUUUGGCACGGGUCCGCACUGGAACACUUGGGUUAGCGUCAAUAAAAACUCCUGCCGCGAGAAUUGGUGGACAAACCUACUCUAUGUUAACAACUACGUCAACGUGGACAGCAUGUGCAUGUCACAAUCUUGGUACCUGUCAACCGAUAUGCAGCUUCUCUGGUUGUCGCCGCUUAUUCUGUAUCCUAUGCUCAAACUCAGGAAGCUCGUUUUCGCCAUUGUUCUCGGUUUUGGCUUGUUUCUAUCGGUAUUAUUACCCUUUGCUGUGACUUACAUUUACAGUCUAACGGGCACAAUGCUCUACUACAAGCAAGGGGAGAACAUGACCAACGUUUACUUGCAAAUUUACACGAGGGUCUACAAUAGAUUCGGUCCUUACGUCAUCGGGCUAGGUCUCGGUUAUUUGUUGCACAAGACGCAGAAUCAUAGUGUCAAUUUGCGCGCCUGGCACGUAGCUUGUGGUUGGUUCGCAGCGGUCACGGCGGGAUUCUUGGUCAUUUUUGGACCCCGUAAUAUGUACAUGGACACUCACGUAUACGAUAAAUUAGAAGCGAGUUUCUACGCCGGUUUCCACCGACAGAUCUUCGCGCUGGCUAUCUCCUGGAUAAUUUUCUGCUGCGUGCACGGAUACGCAGGUCCCGUGAAUCACAUCCUUUCUUGGCACGGAUGGGUGCCGUUCCGCAAAUUGACUUACUGCGCUUAUCUCUCUCAUUAUGUGUUUCUGAUAGUUGAUAUCGGAACCGUUCGAACCGUGGGCGAUCUUACACCAAUGAACGUGAUACGCGCCUUCUUCGCUAAUUUGGUUUUCACAAUGAUGCUAUCCACGGUGUGGACCCUCUGCUUUGAGAUGCCCUUUAUGACCCUUGAUGGAUUUUUCUCUGGGCGUAAACCGAAGCCGUGGCAGCACGCGAAGCAUUACGGUUCUGUGGAGCCUCGAAACGACGACACUUAUCGAUCGAGGGAGAAGGUGACGAUCGCGGACGACAAGAGUAACACAUUCGUCAAUUACAGCGUUACAGAAAAUGCACAGGACAAAUGCACUAAAGAAAAUCGCCAAAACGACACUGAACACGACAACGUCAACGUCCACGGGGGGGAGACAGAAAGGAAUCCCGAUGAAAUUUACGCCAUCAGUUCGCAUAAGAACACGUGGAAGACUGUAAGCCCUGAUAAUGGAUAUUUAGCUUAAUUUUUGCGAUUUCCUCGGCAAACGAUCGUUUGGGAUAGGAUUAGAAUUUAACGGUUGGUUGUACUAUACCAGAACCGAUGGUGUGAAAUUGAUAUUAAUAUUUUUUUAACGUAAACGUCCAAGUGUUUCCAACGUUGGUGAAUUUUGGAGAGAGCUGUUUAAUCUCAUUCCAUAUUAACUCGUACCUAACGGACGGGUCAAUCGGUACGAUACUACGUCAUACACUCCGUGUCGAGAGGAUUAAUUCGGAACGAGUCGAUUGCAAGUCCAAAACGAAAUAUACGAGUAUUGACAUGUACAUACACAUAUGUACGCGUAGCAUAGUCGCGAAGAUGUUCGCAGACCGAGAAUUAACAUUGUGAUGGUAGACUCUAAUUAAUGAUAGACAGCGUGUUCCUAAGCUUGACAUUAGCGCUGUCAGUAGUAAGCCAGACAAUUUAUAUAUCCCGGUGUUGAAAAAAAAUCGCGGGUGAAAAAAGCCGGAUAAUAUUCAUCUAUCGCAUUCUCUCUCAAUCUCUCGACUCUUGGUAAUUGAUGUCGCAAUUUGGCUCUUUGUUUUUCGAACAAUCUAAUUAAUCACGUGGUGUUACCUGGGGAGGGGGAAGAAGGAGAAAAGCCCCGGUACCCGAACAUUAAAUAUUGACAUGGCUAUACUCGAUGACAUUGUAGUCGCUGAGCAACAACGGCGUGCUCGCGAUGUUAGACCGCGAAAUAGAACACACACACACACACACACACAAUUCGGACAUUCCCUACGAGAUCUAGAUUUAUACUUUUUUAUCUUGUAUUUUUUACACCUCUUUUGUUUCUCUUAGAUAAAAGUAGCAUGGUUAGUGAAAUCAGUAGAGCGACCUGUAUUGUGCGUUAUUGUCAAUUAGGUUGUAUACGUAUGAUAGAAAGUUUACACAAAGAGACGUAUAACUUGAGUAUGUACAAUCGCCGAUUUAUCGGUUCGAAUUGCAGUAUUAUCGAUUGAGGAAGUCGGAAGCGUGUGUUCAGGAAAAAAAUUUACCUCUCUUUCGCGAUAAGAAAGAGAGAUCAUUGAUCAAACAUAUAUUUGGAAAUUUCUCAAUGUAUGCUGAAAUCUCUCUUUUUCUCCCUCUAUAUGUAUAUAUGUAUAUGUAUAUAUGUAUAUGUAUAUAUGUAUAUGUAUAUAUAUAUAUAUAUAUAUAUAUAUAUAUAUAGUAUAUAGUAUAUAUAUAUUCAUAUAUAUAUAUAUAUAUAUAUAUAUAUAUAUAUCUAUAUAUAUACAUAUAUAUAUCUUCCUUUAACUUUAAUUGCUCGUUUUGGAAAUUGUAACUGAUCAAAACGUAAUUUGAAUUUUUAGCUUCUGACUUUUUCAAGUGUUUUACAUUUACUAUCGAGCCGCUUUGGUAACUAGACGUAAUUGCGAUUUAGCGCCUACGUUGCUCACUUAAAAAUCAUAAGAAGAUCAACUGCUUAGUUAUUAGUGAAUAAGAGAAUAAGAACAAACAAAUACGAUGACGAUGAGAUUUUAUGGUUUCUUCACAGUUCACCGUUUUUCGUGUCAACUUGGAGAAUCAGUCAAACAAUUUUGAAAUAAAGUCCAUCGCCAAUAA